AUGGGCGUCGACUAUGGCUUCGAUGUCUAUCCCCCCCUCGGCCCAGAAUGCCAGGACCUCUACGCGUCGUUCCUCGAAGAAGUCGUCCAUCAAUACAAGCAAGCCAUCCACCCAAAUACCGGCAAGCCCCUGAUCCAAAUCGUCGGCUCCCCUGGAACCCAAAACGCUUACAUCUACUUCGACGUCGGCGAGGGUCCAAUACUGCCAUACAACAUGGACUACUUGAUGCGUUUUGAAUCCGGGCUCGUCGAUGAUAAUGUGAUGAAGUAUCUAAAGGAGGUCUACUUGAUUGCCCGACGGUACUUCCCCAAUAACGUGCAGUUCUGGGUAUUGGGGGCGUCCCCGUCUCUUAUUCAGGUGCUUGAUAGGAUUCCGAACAUGAAGAUGGAAGAGGGACCGCCACGGACGGGGGAGAGGUGGUACAAGGUGCGGGCUGAGCUUCUUCGUCUGGGAAGAGAGCAGGGACAGGGAACGAAAGAUGGACAAGACAUCAAGGAUGUAGGCUCUACACAAGGUAAAUAA